UUUUCAUAUAGAAAUGAAACUUGCCUGGAAAUUCGCCGUGUUCUUGAGCCUUUCGUUCUCGACUAUGUCCGGACAUUUAAUGCCGGUGAAUUUGAUCGAAUGGAGGACUUCUAUCAUAAAAAUUCGGUUAUGGUCGAAAAAGACAAGAGCGUCUUGUGGGGAAAGAAAGAUAUUGUGGCUUCACUUCUUCAGAUGGCAACGGAUCUAGGAAAAACGAGGAUAGAGUUAUCCAACACCAAAUACGACGGAGUUGCAGAAUUCCCCCACAUCUACACCGACUUCGCUUUCCACACUGAAAAGGGCGGUGUACUGAACGGACGAUUUUUACAAAUAUGGCGCCGCGAUGGUGAUGGCUACACCAUCUAUCACGAUGAAUACGAAAUGCUUUGA